CAGAAGCUGUCAGACAGCCCAGCAAACAUCUCACACCAUUUCGUUAUAAGCUCAGAAAUGGAGUCUGUUUGGGCUGUGUUAGUGUUACUGUGCUGUUACGUAGUUCGGACUGAGGCUCAGAUUGAGCUGAAUUUAGGUUCCACAUCUUCCCAUUCUGACAUUUACAGACUGCUGAAGCAACUGGGAGAGCGAGUGGAGAAACUGGAGAACAAGCCAGAAGUGGCUUUCUCUGCCUCACUUGUGGUCAAAGACGGACAGAAUAACUUAGGACCUUAUGACAGUGACAAGGACCUGGUGUUCGAUGAGGUCACUGUCAACAUUGGUGGAGCAUAUGACCCACAGACUGGUAAUUUUACAGCACCUGCUGGAGGGGUCUACCACUUCAUAUUUUCUUGCUAUGCGGGGACAACGAAGAAGGUGAAUGUAGAACUUCUUAAGAAUGGUGUGAACAUAGCUGCCAUCUCCGAAACUGGCAACCCAGAAUUCAGCAUUUAUCACGGAGGGUCCAGUGGAGUCACGGUGGAACUAAGGAAAGGAGACAAGGUCCAUGUGGUUCUCCGAAACGGCAGUAGCAUUUAUGUGAACAGCAGAAUUAACAUGUUCAGUGGUCACUUACUGUUCCCAAUAACUGAUCAGUAACACCAAAAGGCUGAUUGUCACUGUGGUGAAUAAAUGCCUAUUUCAUAAUUUUAUUACUGUUAAAAAUAAAGUAUACAAUGUUCAUUGUAA